GUCUUUUUCCGCUCCCUAUCAAUCAAACAAUCCGAGCGACACACAAAAAUGCCCGGGGCCGAGUGAAAGAGAGCAUACGCUGUUAGCGGCUCACGGGAGUUGCAUGGGACAGUCGAGCCAAUCUUGUCCUAAAAAUCUCUAGAUGGAGAAAAAAAAAUAUGUCGGCUUUUUGAGGGACAUGAGGUUUCAUUCUAGCAAGGGCGACCGAUGGCUGAGUGAAGGCCCGGGUUUAGCUGCUCUCUCUCUCUCUCUCCCUGCUCUCAGUCAGGCCAGAGGAGCGCUAGACGACAGUCUCAGGGCUAAAUUAUCCUAUUUAGAGUUGGUUUUUAAACUACCGUAAUUCAAAUCGCACGUUAACGUCCUAUAAAUUGCCUUCACAUCGAGGACAGCGCUCAUGUGCAGUAAACGUGAAGGAUUAGUGCCGUGUGUGAGCCUCUGUAGCGACUGUGCUUGGCUUGCUAGCGGGCUAAUAAUGCACUAGCUAACAGCUCUGCCCGUUUGUUACCGAGGAACAUGGCGUUUCCUACUUUAGCACCCGUUGCUACAUUUACUUCCCAGUACAAAUAACGAGAGCAUUUAGGCUAGACCGACGAGUCUUCUCUCGUUCUUCAAAGUUCAGUCUCAGUCAAUGGCUAAACGAACAGCUGACUGUAAUGCGUCUCAAUUUAGUGCUUCACAUUUCGUUUUUACACCAACAACGCUUUAGCUAGACUUACUUUUUGUUUGUAAACGAAGUUAUCAAAUGCAUUCUGAUUGAGAUUGACUUAAAACGUCCUUGCCAAUAUGUGAAGUAAGCGUUGCAUUUUGUUGGGAAAUAAAUAGCAUGUGUAUAUUGAUAAACCCCAGUGUCGCAAGACGUGAGAUAAAUAUUCAAGUAUUCGCACCCUCCACAGCAGAUGUGCUAGCAGCUAGUGGGUGUGUGAAUGUCUGUGUUGUAAAGCAUGGAAAUGGCUCUCUACAGUAUAUAACAUUGGAUUUGCAUAUCAAUACAUUCAGGCUUCCCUUUGCAAGAUUACUCCAUGCAUUCCCCCUUUGAUUAGCUGCAUAUGUUGAAUACGAAAAUAAAUAAAUAAACCAGUAUCUUCAUGUUGGUUAAGUUAAAAAGUGGUUUAGACAGCAGUUUUCAAUAACUCCUAUAAUGUUGUUUGAGACUAGAGCCUUUAAAAAGGUUGCAUGUGGUCACUUCUAGGUCGUUUCCUGCUUCCUGCCCAUAUAAUGCCCCAGGGUUGGCAGCGGCCACUUUGAAUAUGAUGGCUGCACAGUCUGUGUCCAUAGACAAAUAUCAAGAGGGAGACCAGCAGAUGCAGGUCAUGGAGCAGUCAGAGAGUGACCUUGAACAGGACUUUGCCAAUGGAAGCACAGGAAGCUCCAGCAGCCCUGUAUCCACUGAAACACAAACACAAAUGGAUGUCUACAAAGCCUGUAUAUAUAGACAUCCCCUCUUCCCUCUCUUGGCCCUGCUGUUUGAGAAGUGUGAGCAGUCCACUCAGGGCUCUGACUGCGUAACCUCUGCCAGUUUUGAUGUUGACAUUGAAAACUUUGUACGCAGUCAGGAGAAAGAUGGCAAAGCCUUCUUUAGUGAAGACCCAGACCUUGACAACUUGAUGGUCAGGGCCAUCCAGGUGCUGCGGAUUCAUCUGUUAGAGCUAGAGAAAGUCAGUGACCUGUGCAAGGACUUCUGCAGCCGUUACAUUUCCUGCCUCAAGACCAAGAUGAACAGUGAGACACUCCUGAGUGGAGAGCCAGGCAGCCCAUACUCUCCAGUCCAUGACCAACUGUCCAACCCUUUCUCAAGUGUCCUCAGCCCCCAGGGUGUUGUGGCACCCUCACAAGGACUUCAAGGCAAUGUUACAGUGACAGCAGUCAAUCCAUCACAAAUGGUCGCAGGUAAUGCAGUGUAUCAGCCCGUGACAGUAGUCACACCACAGGGACAAGUGGUGACACAAGCCAUCUCACCUGGAACAAUACACAUCCAGAACUCACAGCUCCAGCUUCAGCUCAAUCAGGACUUGAGUUUCUUUGGGGGAGAUAACUCGCCUAAAAACAAGCGUGGUGUUCUCCCGAAACAGGCUACCAGUGUCAUGCGCUCCUGGCUCUUCCAGCACAUAGCGCAUCCUUAUCCCACUGAGGAAGAGAAAAAGCAACUUGCAAUUCAAACAAACCUGUCUUUACUCCAGGUCAACAACUGGUUUAUUAAUGCUCGAAGACGGAUCUUGCAGCCAAUGCUGGAUGUCAACUCAGAGAUGGCCAAAACCAAGAAGAAGACCGCUCAGAGCCGCCCGCUACACCGCUUCUGGUCUGACUCCAUCGCCUCAUCUGGAACCCAGCAGCAGCUCACAAUGCCAGACGGUAGUAUGGUUACAGUGGGGAUGAACGUCGAUGGCUUCCAGGCGCUUUCAUCAGAUGGAGCAACUCUCGCCAUGCAUCAAGUCAUGAUGGGAAAUCACAGCGAGGAUGAAUCCGAGGAAAGCGGCAAUGAAGAUGACGCAGAUUUGUCAUCUGCUAACAUGACCGGGCUGGGUUUAGAUGUUAGCGACUAAGACACAUGGAUCGCAGGUCACACACUGCAUGCUUAUAUUUACAUUGGAAAACUUGCACAUAACACUUGUGGCAAGAGAUCCGGUCCCCUCAUAGACUUUCAGCAAAGCUGAUACUUGUGCACUACAAAAAAAA